AUUAGUAUUCCCGCUGUUUUCAGAACGUAAAGAUUACGAUUAUGAUGUUACAACAUUUUUAAGUUUAAAAGUAUUUCAAGUUUUUAAAGUGUGUACUUUCUGAAACAAACGCUAUAAAUUACUUUAAGUGGCAUUAUAAAUAAAAGAUAUUAAUAGUGUUUUGUGAAAAAUAUUUUUACGCGGGAGUUAUUUUCAUAAUGAUCCUAUGUAAAAAAAGAAAAGGUGGUGUCUAUUAUAAAAAGGACAACCCUAAUAGCCUUAAAGGGCCACUAAAAGCGGCUAGACUUUGUAUUUUAAGUUUACUUGUGCCUGGCAUUUUGGUUAUUGCACCAUUGUACGUUCGUUAUCAUGUUUAUUCUGAUCAUAAAUAUCCUUUAGCUAUAACCGACAUGAGAAUAUUAGACCAAAAAAUGUCAACAUUUUGGUGCCAACGCCAUAUAGUGAACACUAAUGCCACUUUUAAUGCAUAUUCAUUGCCAGAAAAACCAACUAUGUUACCAAAAAUGGAAUUUGUUGAAAUGGAAAGGCAUAUUACAUUAGAAGAUGAUAUUAAAGAAUACUGGGGAUUCUAUCUACUAAAAGAUUCAAUCGUAAAAGUGUCUACAUGCUCAAGGUGGCCUGGAGCUAGUAUAAUAGUAAUUAAAGGACACAAACAUUUAAAAGAAUGCGCUUAUAUAGGUGAUAAUUCUAGUGAAGAACUUGAUGAACUUGAAUCUUCUGAAGAAGGUAAUGAUACACAUAUUCCAAAUUUUAUGAGAAAACUUACUUCUGGUAUGACUGUUCCUGAUAUGGCUCCUGACGUGGUCUAUCUUACAAAUCAUCCAAAUGAUACUAAUGUAAACCGCACGUAUUUUAAGAGAUCCAGUAAGACUGCUAAUCAUCACUUAGAUUAUGCUGAAGAUUUAUACCAAAAAGAAAUGAAAGAAAAAAUUGAAAACGAGGAUUAUGUAGUCCAGACUGUAAAAUCUAAACCUGUAUUCACGAACGUUAACGAAAUCAAUAACAUACCUCAAUCAAAAGAAUUGAUCGAAGAAUCGUUACGGAAAUUGGGAAAUCAAGGAAAAGACGGCGCAACACUCUUACGCAAAUUAAAAGAAGUUCUUCAAAAUGAUCUAAAUGAGCCAAUGAAUGAUACAAAUAGACUUUAUCAAAUCAUUGAAAAUGCAAUGGCUGACGAUGAUUCAUCAUGGCGUGGUCCUAGGCUGAGGCAUUAUCGGAAUAGAUUUAAACGAUCCACUGUAAAUGAUAAAGAAGUUCAGGACAACUUGAGCAAAGAAUUAUUUAAACAUGACCAACAAAACGAUGCAGCCAAUGAAGAGGCUGAUCCGAUUUCACCAGAUGGGAUUGCUCAAGUUCGUGGAAAAGUAACAGAAAACAACACACAUACGAUAAAGGAUCGCAGUCAUAGCGAAUUUUGGUCGUCAUUUUCCAGUAGUGAAGAAAUGCUUCUUGAAUGCGAAGGUCUUUUAUUAAGCUUACCAUUAGCUCCACACCAUAAAUGUUUACCUCCGAAUAAAAAUCCUGAUUAUGAAGCAGCCAGCCAUCCAAACACUGUUACUUAUAAGGUUCCUGGUGACGGAUAUUAUUUUUUUGUAUUCAACAGCGAGAACGAGAUUCAAGAUAAUUUUAUACGUAUACAUUUUGCCAUCAAUAAAACCGUAUACGAUGUCUCAAAACCAAUUUCAUCUUGUCUAAAUGUUACUGGUGAAUGUCAACUACCUUUAAACUUUUGGUCACAACAAACAACAGUCUUAGAAAUGUUAAAUCCCGGACCUAAUAGUGAGUCUGGGGAUGAAUUUAUAGCCAUUUCUACAUGUCAGCCCAGAUCUGCAAUAUAUGCCAUAUGUCUAAUAGCAGCACCAGUUCUGUUUGUUUUAUUCUCUUUUCAUUAAUGCUUAAAUCUAAAUUAUCUUUUUUCGUGGAUUUAAUAUAACUAACUAUAUUAAAAAGCAUUUAAAUCAUAAAAUAAGAUCAAAUCAAAACGGUUGGUGAUUUUAAAUGUUGAACCUAAUAAUUAGUUAUAAUAAAUAUUAAUACAAAAAUUAUAGUGAGAAUCCCGUUUGAAGUAUUAAAAUAUCUCAUAAAUUGUAUAUAAAGAUAAUGUAAUA